GCCAACCAUGUGCAACACUAAAAAAGAAGCGCAUCCGAAUUGCGGGGGAAAAGCAAUGAAUAUCCGUCAUGGCCUCCUAUCCAGUAGAGUUAAGGCCGAAGGAUCAAUGCCCGUCCAAUUACGAGAAGUAAGUCCCCCAUGUCAUGCAGGAUCGUCUGCCGUUCCAAAAUGCGGAGAGAGCUUUCCCGCAUUGGUCUUCGUAAACUCACGAUCCGCUUUUCAUUUACCUCUGCUUUACCUUUACUCUUCCUUUCCUUUCCGAAAUCCAAGAAGAGUAAGUUCACGUCUCUGGGGCCCCUGUCUACCCCUUCCUCUAGUUCAAGGGGGUGCAGCGUUACAGGCAGCAUAGUUCUCCAUGAGAAAGAGCUCGGGGCUCCACCCAUGGUUGUGAGCUGUUGGACCCUUCUUCCGGCCACUUUAAUGAUGGGUAAUGACCUCAAAAGGGCUACUAACCCACGGAUCGCUCUGAGGUGCAUUCCAGCCUUCACCUCUUUCACUAUUAAAUUAUUUGAACCGAGACCGGAUUAGUGACGUGGGGAUGUUGCACGAUUACUCUUCUUGACCGUCAUCUGAUUAUAUUUCUUUGAUCAAGG